AUGUCCCCAUCACCCUUCAAGAGCUCCUUUAGCGUUACGCAUAUUGGCACCGCUACAGCGAUCUUCGAGAUUGACAAUGUCAAAUUUCUGACCGAUCCUUUUUUCUCACCCGCCGGCACAAGCUGGGACAUGGGUGGUGGUAGUUUCCUGAAGAAUACCGAAACUCCUGCUCUCGCUCUUGAAAACUUGCCUCCUAUCGAUGCGAUUCUCCUCAGCCACGAAGAUCAUCCUGACAACCUGGAUGAUCUCGGUCGCCAGCUGCUGAAUGCCCGCCCCGUCUUCACCACAGUGGAUGGUGGGAAGAACCUUGCUCCUCGCCCGGCUGUUCGUGGCAUGAAGGCGUGGGAAACCGCCUCUAUUGACCUCGGAGGCCAGACAUAUGACAUCACUGCCACCCCAUGCGAGCAUCUACCUGGAGGCGAAUGUACUGGUUUCGUUCUGACCAAGGCGGGCUUCGGUGCCAGCGCCGAUGGUCGCCCCAAUGCGAUCUAUUUCACCGGGGACACUGUUUACAUCGAUGAACUCGCCAAAAUCCCAGAGAAAUUCCAUAUCGUUGCAGCUGUUAUGAACUUGGGUUCUGCCUAUGCCUCUAUGCCUGACGGACCUCUCCAAAUUACAAUGGAUGGCAAGCAGGGUGCCCAUCUUUUCCGCACCAUCAAGGCGGACUACCUUGUGCCCAUGCAUUAUGAAUCCUGGGGUCACUUUACACAGUUUGGAAAGGAUUUGGUGAAGGAGUUCCAGGAAGAAGGAAUCAUUGAGAAGGUCCGCUGGCUCACUCCGGGCAAAUCAGUGAAGAUUCUCUAG